AUGUGUUUUGUCAUUUCUCCAACGGCUGAUGGAGAGUCAUCGAGACAUCGUGGCAAUCGCCAAUGUCGUAAGUUUAUUCGGCGUGAUCAUAUUCAAAAGCACGAGCGCCUUUUUCGUGAUUAUUUCACAGAAAAUCUUGUAUAUCCUUCUAAUCUAUUUCAAAUGAGAUUUCGGAUGAGUCGUCUCCUAUUUCUCCGUAUUCUUAAUGAGGUAGAGGCUUACGAGCCCUAUUUCGUCCUAAGAAGAGAUAAUGCCAGAAGAGUCGGUUUAUCUUCUAUGCAAAAGAUAACUGUAAUACUUAGAAUGCUGGCGUAUGAGGUUACUGGAGAUUUUAUGGAUGAAUAUAUACGUAUUGGAGAAAGUACCGCAAUAGAAAGCCUAAAAAAAUUCUGUAAGACAAUCGUAACUAUUUUUUCAAAUGAAUAUUUGCGAUUUUCAAAUGCCAAUGAUAUUGCUCGAUUGCUUGCAGUUGGUGAACAAUGGGGAUUCCCAUCCCAAGGGCGUGCUCCUCCAAUCAAUUACAUAAUCAAUGGCAACGACUACACUAUGGGGUACUACUUUGCCGAUGCUAUUUAUUCUAAGUGGUCAACAUUUGUGAAGACGAUUCCAUCACCCCAAGGCAAUAAGAAGAAAAACUUUGUCACAGCACAAGAAUCCACAAGAAAAGAUGUCGAGCGUGCCUUCGGGGUACCUCAACAACGAUUUGUAAUUGUUCAUGGACCUUCCCGAUUUUUCAAAGUUAAUGAGCUAACAAAUAUAAUGAAAGCAUGUGUUAUUCUACAUAACAUGAUCAUUGAGGAUAAGCGUGAUGAUAGUCAGGGUCCGAGCAUGGAGUAUGAUCAAGUUGAUAAUGAUAUUUCAAAUCUGUCGCGCAAUCCAACAAACGAAUUUAUCAACUUCAUUCAGCGUCAUCAUGAAAUUAGAGGCAGCUAG